AUGCCUCGAACAGCUCGAGCACUGGUGAUUAGAAGGCUCGGAGAGCCUUUUAAAUUGGAAACCAUUCAUCUCGAUGAUAUAAGAGAUGAUGAGGCUCUGGUCGAGAUCUUUGCCUCAGGAAUCUGUCGCACCGAUUUGCACUGCGCGGCUGGCCACCGUCCAGUCAGCGUACCCGCCGUCUUUGGACAUGAAGGCGCGGGAACUGUUCUGGAAGUAGGAAAAAGCAUCACAGCCGUCAAGCCUAAGGAUAAAGUCCUUCUCAGCUACUCCACGUGCGGAAGCUGCGAUCAAUGCACUUCUGGACACCGAGCUUACUGCUCCAAAAUACUUCCGCUCAACUUCGGCGGUAAGAGGUCAGAUGGGUCCAGUGCUCUGUCACUUCCGGACGGACCUCUAUUCAGCAAUUUCUUCGGCCAGAGUUCCUUUUCGAAUUUCGCCGUCGUGAAUAAAGCCAGUCUGGUCAAAGUGCCCAACGAUACACCCUUAGAUCUGUUUGCAUCUCUAGGUUGUGGUUUGCAAACCGGAACCGGAGCCAUCUUCAACACGCUCAAUGUCCAAGCGGAGAAUACCGUCGCAGUCUUCGGCGUAGGGUCCCUCGGCCUGAGCGCCAUCAUGGCUUGCAAAAUCCGUCAAGCGAAAGAGAUCAUCGCAAUCGACAUCCAUCCUUCACGCCUAGAACUAGCAAAAGAGCUCGGAGCUACAGCUAUGGUCAACAGCUCCGAGGGCGAUGUGAUGGAGAAGAUCAAAACCAUCUGCGGGACCACUGGACUCAACAAGGCACUCGAUUGCUCAGGUGUGCCCGAGAUCAUCGAGACAAUGGUAGAUUCCCUCGGAACCAGAGGUAGGGCUUGCUCGGUAGGAUCCAACAGACCCGGCACUCGAGUCAGCAUAGAUGUGCACAAACUUUUCGUCAUGGGGAAGGAAUAUGUUGGUUGUCAUCAAGGUGAAUCUGAUCCGCACGAGAUGGCUCCAUUCCUCAUUGAUCAGUAUAGACGUGGGAGAUUUCCUGUGGAAAAGAUCACGACUUGCUACAGAGUCGACGAUUAUGAGCGCGCCUUCGAAGAUAUCGAGUCAGGAAAGACUGUGAAGGGUGUCUUACUCUGGUGA